GUGACCAAGAGGAUGCAGUUGACGUUUCUGUGAAAGAGGAAUCGUCGUCUUCACAUUGAUUCUGGAAUCUUGACUUUUGAUACCACGGACAGUAAUGGGCACGCCGGCAAUCCCAAAUCUAGGAAAACAGUGCUCCGUUAAUGAUUGUAAGCUCAUAGAUUUCCUUCCUUUCACCUGCGAUUGUUGCAACAAGGUUUUCUGUCUGGAACACCGGAGUUACAGUACACAUCAAUGUCCCAAAGCCAACAAGAAUGAUCUCACAGUUGUUGUAUGUCCACUCUGCGCAAAGGGGGUUCAUUUAGUCCCUGAUCAAGAUCCAAACAUCACCUGGGAGUCGCAUGUUAAUACAGAUUGCGACCCAUCAAACUACGAGAAAGUCACCAACAAAAAGAAAUGCCCUGUUCGUGGGUGUAAACAGACCCUUACAUUCUCAAAUACAAUCAAGUGCCGCGACUGCACCCUGGACCACUGCCUGAAACACAGAUUUGGACCCGAUCACAGUUGCCCUGGUCCUAAAAAAUUCGAACCAUCCUUCCCAUUUUGGGGGUUUUCGAACGGCAAACCACAAAACCCCCCACCAAAACGAGCCACCAACCAGGUGCACCCAGGGUCAUCAUCCUCAUCAUCAAAAUGGGCUACAAGUUUCCUGAAGGCAGCCUCAUCUGUUAAGGCCUCAGCCGAAGCUGGAAUGGCCAAAUUAAGUAACGACAUCGGGCAAGCAUUUCAAGGCGGGAAGGAUGGAGAUGGUCCAAGCCGUGGGGGUGAAGUGGAGGUUUGCCCGAUUUGUAAAAUGAAGUUUUCCUUGGUUGCAGAUUUGAUUGAUCAUGUUCAGAAAGUUCAUGAGAAGAAAGGGGUUAUGAAUGUGACAUUAGAUGUGUGCCCGAAGUGUAGUAAAGGGUUUCGUGAUCCCGUUGCACUUGUGGAGCAUGUCGAAAAAGAACAUAGAGGUACGUUUAAAGCUUAGAAAUUGUUAUUUAGUUAUUCAAACGGUUAUGCAAAACCAUUACUUUAUAUCAUACUUUUCCCAUUUCUCCCACAUCAUUAUUUUGUGAAGGAAAGCUUGAGAUGAAUGAAUGUUUUGGUUUUUUA